AUGAAACCCAGGGACCCGCAAAAGGAAGAAGACGCGUGGCCGGUCAUAGCGCAAAAAGUUUGGUCGUACGAGAAGGACCGUUUAGACCGAUGGCGGAACGAAAUCAACACGCUUCUCGUCUUUGCGGGCCUGUUCUCCGCCGUCCUCACUGGCUUCGUUGGCCCGUACUACGCCGUUCUGCUGCCACCGCCUGACUUCAACACGAUCAUCCUCGAGCGCAUCUCGGCGCAACUCGGGAAUAUGUCUAGCAACCCCGCCAUCGUACCUGGCAGCUCUUCGCCAUCCUUCCCCCCUGGACCCCCUGCACCCCGAUGGAUUGCUACCCUGUGGUUCGCUUCUCUGGUCUUCAGCCUCGGCGCGGCGUCAGUCGCUCUCGCCGUCAACCAAUGGCUGAACUUCCAUGCUGAGCAAUGGGGACUGCUGACCAUACAGCAGAAGGUUAGGACCUGGCAACUCCGUCGGGAUUCCCUUAACAAGUGGAACGUGGAGUUCAUCGUCAGCCUCCUCCCCUGCCUGUUGCAGGUUGCGCUCAUCUUAUUCCUCGUUGGAAUGGUGGGCUACCUAUGGGUGCUCGGACCCGACAUCUCCGUCCUGAGCACGGUCGUCGUUGGUGUCUUGCUUCUUUUUCUGGCAUCCACGUCUGUGUUGCCUGCAUUGGUUCCCUAUAGUCCCUACAAGUCACCCCAAGCAUGGUGG